AUGAACGCAACAUCAACUUUUAAAAGUUGUCGCGCGUCCUCCUCUUCAAACGCCUCUUUUCCUUCCUCUUCUCGCAAAGCUGCUAAGAAUACCCCGACGAAAGCGCUCGCAUCUGGAGCAAGAAACUGGAGCGUCGUUGUCCCCUUAAGCGGCGGCGGCGGCAAAAAAAUUGCAUUAACCGCGAGAGCGAAUCAAAGAGGAGGAGGUGUUUUUGAAACGAGCGGCGAUGCGGAAGACGAAGGACGACGACGGACGACGUUAACCUCGCGAAACUUAGGAGGAGGAGUUUUAGGAGCUUUUGAAACGACCGCGAAAAGUAGCAGCUUUAGCAGCAUGAGUUCGACCUUGAUGUCGAAGAACAAAAAAGCGACGAGCGACUCUGAGGACGAGGACGAGGGAAAGACAACAAAGGGUAAAGACGCCACCUCUCUCUCCUCGAAGAACAACAAAAACAACAUUAACAAAAAUAAAAACAAAAACAUGAGCGACGACGAGUGCGAGACGACUCCGGCGAACGCGAAGUGGAAGCGAGUGAUGCUUAAGAUCUCCGGCGAGGCGUUAUCGGGAAACACCUCGAAAGACGGACAAAAUUUUGGUUUAGACCCGCGCGUGGUGGAACGCAUAGCGGGCGAGAUUGUUGCGGCGAGCAUGUCUGGGGUGGAAAUUGCCGUCGUGGUUGGCGGAGGAAACUUUUUUCGGGGCGCGAGCCACGAAGGGGCGCAUUUGGAUCGCGCGUCUGCGGAUUACAUGGGGAUGUUGGCGACGGUCAUGAAUGCGAUUUCGUUGCAAGGCGCGAUUGAAGCGAAAGGCGUCCAAACGAGAGUGUUGUCGGCGCUGAGCAUUAAAGAAGUGGCGGAACCGUACAUAAGGAGACGCGCUAUGCGGCACUUGGAGAAAGGGAGGGUGGUUAUUUUCGGCGCCGGGACGGGGAAUCCGUUUUUUACCACGGAUACGGGAGCGGCGUUGAGAGCGGCGGAGAUCAACGCGCAAGUGGUGUUAAAAGCGACGAAAGUAGACGGCGUGUUUUGCUCGGACCCAAAACAAAAUGUAAACGCGAAGAAAUACGAGAGGUUAUCGUACGAGACCGUUCAAAGGUUAGGAUUGGGUGUCAUGGACCAAACGGCAAUCACGAUGUGCCGCGAGAACGAUUUGCCAAUUGUCGUUUUUGACAUGACAAAAGGCGGAAACAUUCACAAAGCCAUCCGAGGGCAAGCCGGAGUCGGGACGUGCAUCUCAGACUCAGACGAAAAAUGUCCGUGA